AUGUUUGCUUUCCUCGUGUAUUUUGCUGUGAUACUUGAUUCAAAAAGUUUGAUUGUUGUAAGAAGCGCUGCUGAUCAAGGGGUUUUUUUCUGCUGCUUCUUCUUGUGCGGUUCGAUGGAUGGAAGAACUAUGACGAAUGCAACGCCGCAUGGAACGCUCUUAUUCCGUAUGGGAGAGGAUGUGGACGAUUCAGAAUUGAUUCAGGAAUACGAGCGCCAGGAAAGUCUGUUGAACUUGGCUUUGGAACGUGUCGGUGGGGAUAACGUACCUCAUGAUAAGCCGUUGACGAAACGAAAAUGGAAAGAAAACGACUGGUGCCGAGCCCCUUAUCCGGGCGAUGGAAAAUAUUACGAAGGAAGGAUUGUUGCUGUAGAUGAAGCGCGUGCUAAAGCAACUGUGAGAUUCGAGGGUUAUGACACGAAUUCGAACAUCCGCGUCCCUCUACGUCUCCUGCAUCUAUCCUAUGGGAAAAGACUGAGGGAUUGCCAACGAAAUGCCGCGUCGGAGCGAAGACGUUUCAGAUACGAAGAUCCCUUUCGUCGGAUCCCCUGUCCCGCGGAAACCAGUGACGAUGAUUCCAAGUUGGACGGAUCCGACGAUGUUGGCGUGAAUCAGCUGUUUUCUGCGUCUAGCGUCGAGGAUGCGAAAAGCAAAGCCAAAGACGCCUUGCAGAUGUCCGCGUAUAUGUUUGGUUUCCAUGCUGGUCUCUACGAGGCGUUGGGAGGUGCUGUUGAAGAAAUCAAGCUCCCAUUUUGCCCGAGUAAAAUGGAAGAAGAAAUACUGGAAAUAAUGAGCGGAUUCCCUUCGCUUGCGGUCGAGAAGCGAGAAAGUAAAAGUGGAAUUUUUUACAUGAUUGGGGGAACUCUCAUUCUAGAUGACGAAACGGUUACUCGAAUAGAAUUGGCGUAUGAAAAGAAUUCGAAGGAGUUGCGUCUAAAUAACUUGGAAUUACUGAAUCAGCAUCGGAUCAACAUGGUGUUAAUCGAGGAUAUUCUGGAGGAUUUCAAGAAGUCGCCUUGUCUGAACUCUUUUCUUCUGACUUUGUGGUCAGUUUUGUCGGACGCUAUGAAAUCAGACCAUAAACAAUUGAAUGGAAGCGUGAGGUCGUACGUCCUGUCGAGUCUGGUCGCUGCUGAUUUUCAAGAUAUUGUUGAACUCGCCGAUGAUUGUUUGGGAUACCGAUUUCAACUCACUGAUUCUGCCGCUCGUAAGCAUGAGGUCGGAGUGAGGUUUCCCCCGAAUUUCCCAGAGGGAUUACCGAAGAUUCAAAUUGAAUGUCCGGAAGAACUGGAGCUGACGAUAGAUAUGAUGGAACAUUUUUCUAUGAAAAAUAUCGAGGAAGCUGUGAGAGAGCAUUUGGAAAAGUUCGUUGAUUUUUGGAACGUCAUGGACGACAUUGACGACAAGACUUGGGUCCUUGAUCCUUCGAAACCGCGUAGGAGUGACGUGGAACGCGUCAUUUAUCUUGGUCAGCAUGUAUCAAUGAAAUUUUCGGUUGACCCGCGGAAUCCCUACGAAAAACCUGAAAUCGAAUUUCUGGGUCCUGUGGAUCUCGUUGAGCCCCUAAAAUGCGCCGUCCAAGCCUGCUGGGAUGAAGAAUGCGAGGACUUCGUGUCGAAUUUGAAAGCGUUACUGGAGAUCGAUUUUCCGCAGAAGAUUGGCGCUCAAUCGGAGGAAUUUUCGUUGUCCUGUGCCUUGUGCUUGUCUUACGAAUUGGACGGCAAGAUUCCGAAUGUGAUUUGCAAAUGUUCGACUGCCUACCAUGCAUUUUGCUUACACGAGUGGAUUCUCACGAUGGAAAAUGUGAUCAGGACUGACUGGGCUUUGCUGGGACCCUGUAGUGUUUGUUCAGAGGUGAUCAAAUGUCCUCUUGUAGCCGAUGAUCCGACUUAG